AUGCUGGUUGUCAGCCUGAGUCCGGGCUGCUCCGCCGCCAUCCUGGACUCCAUCUACUGGAACUCAUCAAAUCCGAAAUUCUCUCCUGGACAAGGGCUGGUCCUGUUCCCUCAGAUAGGGGAUAAAAUGGACAUCGUUUGUCCCCGGGCGAGACCAGGGAUGGCGGAGAAGGAACCAGAGUAUUACCGCGUGUACCUGGUCACCAGGGAACAACUCCGCAGCUGCAGCAUCAGCCAAUCAGACACCCCGUUACUCAACUGCGACAAACCAGACCGAGAUGUGAAGUUCACCUUCAAAUUCCAGGAGUUCAGCCCUAAUCUCUGGGGCCUGGAGUUCCUCAAGGGAAAGGAGUACUAUAUCACCUCGACCUCCACCAGCUCUCUACAGGGCCUGGACAACACUGAUGGAGGAGUGUGUAGAGCCAUAUCCAUGAAGCUAGUACUGAGAGUAGGACAGA